ACCAUCCUUAAUGCUUGGUAACUUAGCCCCUUAGGAGCUCCUAACAUUGAAAUCACCCUCCUUGUUUUGGUAAUGCUGCUGAAACUUCCCAUAGAAUGGUGCUGGAAGCUUUCUCUGGCUCCAUAUCCAGAUACCCUGGAUUCAAAAGAAUUGAGAAAUAGAGAAAUCUUUGAGUUUGCAAGUGAGAAAAUUAAGGAUGAGGCAUUGGCAGAAGAUCAGAAAGAUGCCUUCAAGGAUUUCAUCAAAGAAAAGGUCAGGGAAGCAAAGAAAGCACAGCGGGAGGCAAGGGAAGCUCGCAAAAAGGCUGUUGAAGAAAUGGAUGAGGAAACGAAAGCUGCAUAUGAGAACAUGAGGUUUUACAAGUUCUAUCCAGUGCAGACACCGGAUGCACCUGACAUAUCCCAAGUGAAGCCUGAUUUUCAUACUGGGGCACAUACAUGGUGGACCAAUUGACAGCGAAGGCCUUUUAAACAUGAUAGAUUGGAAAGUUUUAGGAGAGGCUUGAGCAAAGUGAAGUAUUGUUUAUUUAGAAAUGUAAAUGUAGGAUGCAUUGUAUGAUUUGAUUGCUAUUUGUAAUAAAUGCAUCGUUUUUUUUCCUAA